AUGGCAUUCAGUUUCGGCUUUUCAGGCGACGACAUAGAAGAAGACCCCAACGAUGUGCAAGAGCAAGGGCAACAGCAAACAACGACAGAUCGCAAUGUCCCACCACCUAUUGCGGCCAAAGCACAUGAUCUCGAUGAGCUGCUAGCCAGCCUCCCAGACAAACUCUCCUACUCAACCAUCAACAUAACCAGCCCCAAAGGCUUCACAACUCGUCUGCCCCGCCGCGAACUCUUCGAUGUGCGCCUUCAACUCAUGGCUGAAGACGAUGGAUCUUCCCAAACACCUCUGACAGGUCUCGAUGACUCCGACCUCCGCCAAAACGUCUACGAAGGCGGCUACAAGACCUGGGAAUGCAGUCUCGAUCUCGUCCGCUACCUGCUCGAUCGUGGACCGCGGAAAGAUCUCGAUGACCUCAUGCGCGUCGGUCAUGUUAUUGAGAUGGGUUGCGGGUCUGCGCUGCCUUCGCUUCUCCUUUUUCAGUACGCGGUUACGAACCAACUUGGGAUCUACUUCACUCUAACAGAUUACAACGCCGACGUUCUACGGCUUGUGACUCUACCCAAUCUAGUUCUGACAUGGGUGGGUACGCUAAACGCUGAGGAGAGUGCAGCGCUGUUCCCUGAGGCGGGGAAUCCGCUCUUGGAACCGGCGGAGAAUAGCGAGGUAUAUCUUACUCCUGAGAUCCUAGCAGCUUUCAAGAAGGCGAUGAGUGAAACUGGGAUCACGAUGACAUUCAUCUCGGGGUCUUGGACGCCGGUUGAGAAGCUCCUGGAGAUGGUUCCUUCGUCUUCGGAUUUGAACACGUUCAUCUUGGGUUCGGAAACUAUCUACUCGCCGGCUUCGCUCACGGCGUUUACCGAUGCGAUUGUCGCGCUGAUGGGACGGGUGAAGACGGGUAAGACAAUGGUAGCGGCGAAGAGAGUGUACUUUGGUGUUGGAGGUAGUGUGGAUGGAUUUAGAGAAGCUUGUGCACAGAGAGGAUGUGUGGCCUACGAAAUGGAAUUUGAAGGCCUAGGCGAUGGGAGCGAUGGAGGUGUGAGGAGAUGUUUGGUUGAGGUGCAGAUGUAUUGA